AUGUCGACAAAAUCAUCGACUUCAUCUAAAAAAUCAGCCAGUAAAAGACUUGGUAAUUUUACAAUUACUUGCCCUGAUUUAACUGAUGAAAAAAAAGAAGCAAGCACUUAUACUCUCGAAGUACCUUCAUCAUCAACAACACUCAAUUAUCAUGGACAAACUAUUGAUGUUAACACACAACAAUUCGAUACUCUUCGUGUAUUAGGACGUGGUUGUUAUGGAUAUGUACUUGCUGUAAAAAUUGAUGGUUAUCCAGAUGUUCAAAUGGCUGUUAAAAGAAUAGCACUUGAAACGAAAGAAGAACGUCAAGCAUCAACAUAUACAGAUUUAACAACAAUUCAAAAAGUUGGUUCACAUAAUUAUCCAUAUAUUAUUUCUUAUUAUGGAGCUGUUAUCGAUAGAGAAAGUAGUGAAUUAGUUAUUUGUGUAGAAUUAAUGGAUGCAUCACUGGAUAGAUUUUAUCAAACAAUGCAUUCAUUUGAUAAUGUUACCUAUACAGAAUUUGAUCAUGUUUUAUGUCGUCUAACUCAUAAUAUAACAUCAGCACUUCAUUUUCUUAAAACUCAUCGAAUUUUACAUCGUGAUGUUAAACCACAAAAUAUGCUUGUUAAUAAACAAUGUGUAUUUAAAUUAUGUGAUUUUGGUAUUAGUCGUCAAAUGCGUAUGUCUCAAUCAAUAGCUGUUGGUUCUGUUCAAGGAACUGAAGCUUAUUUACCGCCUGAAUUAAUUGGAGAAACUGGUCAAACUUAUGGUAUUCGAGCUGAUAUGUGGGCAUUAGGAAUGAGUUUGCUUGAGAUUGUCACUGGAAAACAACCAUUUGCAAAUUUAAGUUCAUUUCAUACAAUAACAGCUAUUCGAACCUGGAAUCUAACACUACCAGUAAAUUCAAAAACUUCAAAUGAUAUGAAACAACUUCUAACAUAUUUACUUAAAAGAACUGUUGAAGAACGACCAAAAACUUAUCUUGAAAUACUUGAAAUACCAUCGAUACGAGAUGUUAGUGAAAAUCCAUCAGAUGAAGAAAAAGCAUUUGUAAUUCGUAUACUCGAUAAUUUACUUCCAUUAAAUGAAUAA